UGUAAAACAACAAUGAUGAAGCUUAAAGAAUUUAAAUUUCUUCACUAUGAAAAAAAAUUGGUGCUCUCAUUAGCCAUGGUUUCAACCAUAUCCAUCUUUCUGUUCACAAUAUCUCUCAAUUUGGGUACUGAAGACAAACUCAAUUCAUUUCAAAUUGAAACGAAUAAAACCGGAUCUUCUGCUACUGUUCCUCGUUUCGCUUAUUUGGUUUCUGGGUCGAAAGGGGAUUUAAACAAGUUAUGGAGGACAGUGAGAGCAUUGUAUCAUCCAUGGAACUAUUAUGUUCUUCAUCUUGAUCUUGAAUCGCCACUCGAGGAGAGAAUGGAGCUUGCUUCGCGGGUUGAAAAUGAUCCGGUUUUUUCUACAGUUGGGAAUGUUUAUGUGAUCCCAAAAGCUAACAUGGUUACAUAUAGAGGACCAACAAUGGUGUCUAACACUCUUCAUGCUUGUGCCAUUCUUCUUAGAAAGUUUAAGGAUUGGGAUUGGUUUAUAAACCUCAGUGCCUCGGAUUAUCCUCUAGUGACUCAGGAUGAUCUUCUUUAUGUGUUCCGUGAUUUGAAGAGGGAUUUGAAUUUCCUCGAGCAUACGAGCCAAUUAGGGGGGAAAGCGAAAAGGAGGGCAAUGCCAUUGAUGGUUGACCCGGGACUAUACCUAAACACAAAGUCGGAUGUCUUUUGGGUUCAACCAAAGCGAGCUCUCCCGACAGCCUUUAAAUUGUUUACAGGGUCGGCAUGGAUGAUUCUCUCACGUUCAUUUGUUGAAUACUGCAUAUGGGGUUGGGAUAAUCUUCCAAGAACUCUACUCAUGUACUACACAAAUUUCGUCUCAUCACCCGAAGGUUACUUUCAAACUGUUAUCUGCAACGCCCCAGAAUUCGUACCAACCGUGGUUAACCAUGAUAUGCAUUUUAUAUCUUGGGGCGGCCUUUACAGUCAACAUCCUGAUAUCCUAACCAUAAAUGACACAGAAAAAAUGAUAGCAAGCGGGGUUGCGUUCGCACGCAAGUUCAAACAAGAUACUCUUGUAUUGGAUAGAAUCGACGAUGAGUUACUACACCGUAAGAAUGGUAGUUUCACCCCAGGUGGAUGGUGCAUGGGAUACCCGUCUUGCACCAAGGUUGGGAAACCAACACAGGUCAAACCAGGUCCGGGUGCUCAAAGGCUUCGCCAGCUUAUAGGGAAGUUGCUUCAAGCACCUAAGUUUAGUCAGAGUCAAUGCCAAUAGAUUUUAUGAAUUUGAAUUUACAAGUAUGAUUAUAUAGAUUGCGGUACCGAUUUAUUUGGUAGGAAUGGUUUCGGUUUGUCAGAACACCGAAUGAUAUCGUUUGGUUUGUUAUUGCAAAGAAUAAAAAAGGCUAAUUCUAUACACACCCCUCCUCUUCCUGAUUAUACCCCCCUUGUGAGAGGAAAACUGUCGGUCCCACGCAGGCCCCACCUGUAAGUAUGUGAGAGGAGGAGGGUGAAAAAAGUAGAUAGGGGGGUGUAGAAAGUA